UAUUCUUAUUAUUUUCCAAUUUCUAAAUAUAGGCUCGUUUUUUUAAAACAUGGUAACCCAAUUAUAAGUGCGACGAAAUCAGCUGUUUCUUCGGUUGUUUUAAUUUAUAGUAACCAAACAAAAGAAUGGAUAUCAACGAGAUUCUGAUCGAACAAAUUAAACAAAAUGAUUGUCUAUUUAAUUUAUCACAUCGCGAAUACAAAAAUGUCCACAAGAAAAUGGAAAUUUGGGAAUCAGUUGCUCAGUCCUUGAAUUUGAGCGCGGAUGCAUGUCGCAAGCGCUGGAAAGGGCUCCGAGAUACAUAUAAGAAACGAAAGCGUUCUGAGCUCCUUGCGUCUGGAAGUGGCGCUCCCAAUCCUGUUAAAAGAUGGAAAUAUAUGGAAAUGCUAUCUUUUUUAGACAACUACACUGAUUCUAGACCGUAAG